UUAUUGAUUUGAGUAAUUAUUUUAUUCCAUGAGGUGAAUCCCAUCGCUAGAGGACCUCAGUGUGAUGAUCCACAGAAGGGUGUGUAUUCUUUCUGACACACACACUCACUCACUCAGAGCUGGCUCGGUUUAGAUUAAUGUGACGUUCGGUAUGUUGCAGCAGCAGCCUAUUACAGGCAACGGGCCCAAUUCAGGCCGGGGGCUCGCGUUAAACACUCACCCGGGAAUGCACGCCCUGAACUCGGUUCACCCUCCGCCACAGCACCGGUCCGAUGGCGACGCGGGCCUCGAGGGAACAGAAAACGGUCAUGAAAACCGACGAGACAUUGGGGACAUUUUACAACAAAUCAUGACCAUCACCGACCAAAGUCUAGACGAAGCCCAAGCAAAAAAACAUGCCUUGAACUGUCACCGGAUGAAACCGGCUUUAUUCAGCGUACUUUGUGAAAUUAAAGAAAAAACGGGUCUGUCCAUGCGAAACACGCAGGAAGAGGAGCCGCCGGACCCGCAGCUCGUCCGACUGGACAACAUGCUCCUGGCUGAGGGCGUGGCCGGCCCAGAGAAAGGAGGCGGGGCCGCCGCGGCUGUCUCUGCGGCGACCAGCUCGGGUGGUAUGUCUCCGGACAGCUCGCUGGAGCACUCUGACUACAAACAAAAGCUGAGCCAGAUUCGUACGAUUUACCACACCGAGCUGGAGAAAUACGAGCAGGCGUGCAGUGAGUUCACAACUCACGUGAUGAACCUGCUGCGUGAACAGUCACGUACGCGGCCCGUGUCCCCACGCGAGAUCGAGCGCAUGGUGGCCAUCAUUCACCGCAAGUUCAGCUCCAUCCAGACGCAGCUCAAACAGAGCACGUGCGAGGCCGUCAUGAUCCUCCGCUCCCGUUUCCUGGACGCCAGGCGCAAGAGACGCAACUUCAGCAAGCAGGCCACAGAGGUGCUGAACGAGUACUUCUACUCCCACCUGUCGAACCCUUAUCCCAGCGAGGAGGCCAAAGAGGAGCUCGCCAAACAGUGCGGGAUCACCGUGUCUCAGUUUCACGUUGGCUCCGUGUUGGAACAGGUGUCCAACUGGUUUGGCAACAAGAGGAUCCGCUACAAGAAAAACAUCGGCAAGUUCCAGGAAGAGGCCAACCUUUACGCCAUGAAGACGGCCAUGGGGGCGGCACAGAGAGAGGGGUCGCCCCAAACCCCCAACUCCACUGGCUCAGGGUCCUUCUCGCUCUCAGGGUCAGCUGAUCUCUUCCUUGGAGUUCCUCCAGUGAAUGGAGAGCAGCCUGGCUACCACAUGGGGGCUCAGGACUCGCGCUUUUCAGAAAGACUCUAUAGUCCCAGAGAGAGCCGGACUAAUGGCACCUGGCAGGAACAGAACACGCCUCCCUCUCCACCUGGAAGCGAGGCCUCCGACAAUUCAGACUGAUAGCCGCCGCUGUUCCCUGACACGUCCGUGAGGCGAGGACGGGCGAAAAUAAGAGAACGAUGGUCACUCUUCUGCCAAAGUGCAGUGUUUUUAAAAAAAAAAAAAAAAAAAAAUGUUUUCUUUUUCCUUUUUUUUCUUAAAAGGUCAAUAUCUGGAAAGUGUGUGCACAAGAGAGAUGGAAGAAAUGGAUUUUAUUUAGGCUUAUGUACUCAGCCAUUUGUUUUAUCAUUUGGUUUAUUAUUAUUAUUAUUUUAUUUUAUUUUUUUUCCCCAGUCUCUACUUCCACUACUUGUUACUGCAAUAUUUGGAUUCUGACGGAGGAAGGGAAACUUUGUAUGCUGCAUUAAGCUUGCUUUUCUUUAUAAGUAUAGUACUAUUGUUACUGUUAUCACUGCUAUUCUAACCCUAUAUUGUUUCUAUUGAAGCUCAGAUAGAGAUGAAUUGGCAUGGUUAAAAGGGGCAAUAGAGAAUAAUCCAAAGAUCGUUUUGUCUUCUGUUUCUUUGUUUGGGGUUGGGUUUUUUUGGUGUGGGUGUGUGUCUUCGUAUUUCUCUUUUUUACUGUGUACCUGUUUUCCGAAUGGGGUGCGUUUGCCGUCUUUAUUUCCAGUUUGAAUGCGUAUAUCAACAGUGCUGUCUUUCUCUGUACAGUGAAACACCUGUAUUCUCUACCUCUUUUACAAUAAAGACUGUCUGUGUACACAUUCAGCCACA